AUGUUAUUUUCAAAAGGAGCUGCCACCGCUGCUCUAGUCUCUUUGGGGGCUUUUGCCCAAGAGGCCGCUGCUACUCAGAUGCCCUUGCCCAUUCUGAAAGAUUUUGAUGAAACCGGUGUGCUUGGUGGUCUUUAUCGGCCCAACAGCACGUCUGCUCGAUCCCGCAUUGGCGUCUACGUGAUGCAUGCGGAGCAGGACUACACUUCUUUCAUUGCCUGUACCGCACUGCCGAAGCACGGCUACACGACUUUCUGUGCCAAUAAUGAAGCUAGCAAAUACGGUUACAUGUCAGACCUCAACUUUGAGGAUCUGAUGACCGAGGUCAGCACUGGCUUAGCUUGGUUCAAAAACCAAAUCGAUAUCGAUAGGGUGGUCAUUCUGGGACACAGUGGUGGUGGUGCUAUGAUGGCAGCCUACCAGAACAUUGCUGAGAAUGGCGCAUCAGCAUGCAAUGGAACUGAAAAGAUCUACCCCUGCUCCGAUGAAAUGGAUGACUUGGUGCCAGCCGACGGUCUGAUGCUCCUUGACGCCAAUUACGGUCUUUCAACUAUGGCCUUUCUUAGCUUGAAUCCCGCUAUUGAGGAGGAGACCAACCCUUCUAAACUAAACGAGUCCCUAAGUGUCUACAACACUGCGAAUGGUUUUACUGGUGUCGUGGCUCGCAACAACCGUAUACUUGAGCACGCUCAGGAGCGUCUGAAAGCCCUUGAUGCUGGAAAGGGCAUGUUCGGCGAUGACGAACCCUUGACUAUUCCAGCAUCCCUUUAUAUCGGAUUCAACAACCUGUUUUUUACCCAAGACACUCUUUACAUUCACCACACUUCUCACGCUUGGCCUCUUCUUCACAAGAACGGAACCACCACUCAAAUUGUUCCUUCGGUCCGAGUACCAGCAAACUUCGAUGACUACUCCAACAACUGGCAGAGUGGUGCUUUAAAGACUACCGUCCGUCGUUUCCUCUCGACAUUUGCUAUCCGGGUCAAAGACACCUUCAACAUCAAGGUUGACUGA